AUGGGUACAGCAAGAGCUUCAGCCUUCAACUCCAUCCACUCCCAACUCGUCUCCGCUGGUGGCCACAUGUGGCGGGUUAGCUUCUUUCUGUGUGGGGAACAUGAGUCUGGCCAGGCUGAGUACCUCAAUCUCAGUAUCCGCUUUAAGCUGGUGAGUGAUUCCGGAGGCGUCUAUGCCAUGUUUGAGACAUUCUUACUGCACAUGAAUGGGCAGCCACGUCAUGUGGCUGCAGGAACAUCUUCCAUUCGUCCGUUCCUAAGUGGCCUUCAUCUGUUCCAAACUGACUAUCCUGAAAGUGGCUGUCAGCACAACAUUUUACGGACUGAUCUGGAGAGAGAAUCUAUUCAUGUGCCGGCUUCAGACAUUGGAAAACAUUUUGGCUCACUGUUGGAUAGCUCAGACGGGACAGAUGUCUCGUUCGUCAUUGGAACUGUGACAUUCCAUGCACACCGAGCGGUGCUUGCUGCCCGUUCGCCGGUUUUCAAAGGCGAGCUCCUUGGUCCUAUGGCUGAGUCCACAAUGUCCUCCAUCACCCUACACGAUAUUGCCCCUACAACAUUCAGAGCCAUGCUUCGGUUUGUUUACACAGAUGCCUUCCCAGGAGGUGACGAGCUUGGGGACUCUCCUUCUGAGAUGGUGCAGCAUCUGCUAGCUGCGGCUGACCGGUUCGCAUUGGACCGGCUUAAGCUUAUGUGUGCACAGAAAUUGUGGGAAGGGGUGUCUGUCGAUACGGUUGCUGGGAUCUUAACUUGUGCUGAAAUGUACAGCUGCCUAGAGUUGAAGAACAAGUGCAUUGACUUCUUUGCAUCUGAGGAGAAUUUCAAGAAGGCUGUGUUGACCAAGGGUUAUGUGCAGCUGGUUCAGGAGUUCCCUUCAAUUAUUGAUGAGUUACGACAGAGGAUUGGGUUAUGA